AUGAUCAUACGUGUCACAAGUCUUUCUCUCAUUCAAUAUCGUAAAGUCAUAAAGCUAUGUAUCAUCACCUGGGGAUUCGGGCAAAUGCUCCUUUUCAGCCAUCCUGUCAAUGGUUUACCACUCAUUCCAGACGUAAAUGAGUUUAGUACAGUGGUUAAGGCAGCAAGGGAAUCAAGACUUGCAGGUAAAGAGGGAGAGGGUCUUUCUGGAAUAGAGAAAUUUGCAAAUAAUGAUCAUUUCGCAGAUAGUCCUGCAACUAGAAACGACCCAUUCGGCACCAAUCCGAGACCGGAAUCUCCAAAAAGGUUGACAUACGACGCCGAACCUGGUCAGGAAGCCUCAGCCUCAGGUACUACGAAAAAACUUACUGAGGCAGAAUUACAGGAGUCAUCAACCGUAAUGAUAGAAAGUGUCUCUCAACACCCUGACGCAUAUGCCGAACAGAUGUUGAAAGAAGAUCCCGGUUACCUUGGAGUUGCUGUAAAAGUAUACCAAGAAGGACCUCUUGAUAGAAAAAUUGCUGCAAUUAACAAAGUUUACACGGCGGCCCAGACGGCUGGAAAAGUCAACGCACAAGGCACCACUUAUAAAGCUAUACAUUUGACUCAAUUUUUAUAUUGGGCAAAAGAACCGACUACUGCAGCUACGCCUGAACUUGAACAGUUGAGAGAUCUGUGUGAUGUUUAUCUUCAAAAUCUCAAAUCAGAUGCCGACAUCGAUCCCAUCAUAAAACAACUGGCAACUGCGGCUUAUGACGCUGAGCCUCGAGGUCCAAAUAGAAACUUUCCAGGCUUUGGAACUCAAAACACCAAGGCACCCGUCAUAACGAAUCUGAAUGCUGCUUCUCAUACCAGCAAUGCACCUCCGAAAUCGAAUCCGACCAUCAACAUAGAAGAUGACCUUAUUUCUCGUCUACCUGCUGACAAGAAGCAACUUCUAGACACAGUUUUCCAACAGCAAAAGAAAGAUCAAUUAGCUGCACAAACCUCACAACAAGGUGCUAAGUCAAAGCCAAGUCUAGCUGAACAAGUUACAGAAAGAUUGAAACAAGAUCCUAAGUUGAAACAAAGUUUAGCUGAAGAAACUGCACGAUCAAAAGCCGUUUCCCAAGCUACAACUUCCGACGUUCCAAGUGACUUCCCUGGACUCAAAAACCGACCAGCAAAACUUCUAAGUCCUGCAGAAGUCAAGGAGGUACAGAGACUCCUCAAGAAUCCAGUCAACAAACUUCCUCAUCCUGAAGAUUUCAAAGCAGCUUCAUCUAGCCAGAAACCAACCCCGAAGCUUACGACGAUCUCCAAGAAACCAGAAACUCCACCCGCAGAUGACCCUCUGAGUCGCGCUAGACGACUCCCAACUCCGGGCGAAGUACAUGAAGUCCAAGUUGAUCCAACCGGAUUUGCAACAAAACUAUUCACAAGACCAGCAGCAGGUAGUUCAUCAGGACUUCCACUUCCUAUCCCGCCAAAUCAAGCAUUUUUGAAAAACGUAGCCACUCCCAAUAAGUCGGCCUUAAAGGCAUUAGAUAAAUUAGGAGGUCGGAGAACACCACAGGUUCCAAAAUCAUCUACUGGGGGUGGUAUCACUCCUGAUGCAUUUCAAAAUGCACAACCACUUCCACAACCUCGUGGAUCUUAA